CGCAUGCGCGAGUUGACGUGGCUCUCGGGUCACGUCCAAAGAGUAGCAUAGCAGAGGACUAUAGAAAAAAUAUCCGCGCCAGGAAGUAGAGUAAAAUCUCCGUUUAUAUACUAACAUAUCUGUACAGGUGUAAGUUAAGACUAGAUCGUCCGAGCAAUUCACCCGAGGAUUUAAGCCUCACCUGACUCUUCCUCAUGGCCGAGAUGGACGCGGGUCCCUUUUCCCUGAUGAGCCUGGAGGACGAGCUGACCUGCAGCAUCUGUCUGAGUCCCUUCGAGUGUCCCGUGACCAUCCCCUGCGGACACAACUUCUGCCAGGACUGCCUGCUCGCCACCUGGAAGGACUCCUACAGCUGCCCUCAGUGUCGCACCCUCUUCCCCAGCAGACCGGACCUGAAGAAGAACACGGUCCUCAGCACCGUGGUGGAGACCUUCAACCUGAGGACCAGCAAGAGCGCGACCGGCCCGCCGGCGAAGGAGAAGGAGGAAUGCGGGGUCGGGGAGCAGGAGGCCAUACGCUGCGAUACGUGCAUGCAGGCGGAGGCGACGCACACCUGCCUCACCUGCAUGGCGUCUUUCUGCGAGGAGCACCUGCGUCCUCACCGGGACAACCCAACGUUUAGGCUCCACCAGCUGAGUCAGCCCAUCGGAGACCUGUCGGAGCGGAUCUGCCCGGACCACCACAAGCUGAUGGAGCUCUUCUGCAGCCAACACGGCCGCCCCAUCUGCAGCCUCUGCCUGCAGCAGGUGCACAAAGGCUGCUCCUUCACGUCCCCCGAGGAGCAGAGGAACAUCAUAGAGUCCGACCUGAGGAACAAAAUGGAUUUGCUUGAUGGGAAGAUCACAAAGAAUGAAAAUGUCAUACUUCAAAUAGAGGUCAUGCAGAACAAGCUAAAGGACUCCGCGACCAACAGGAAGACGGCUUUGGCAGCUGAGUAUCGGCAUAUGCGGGACAUGUUGUCACGAGAUGAGCACGAGGCUGUGAAUUCGGUGGACCGCGAGCUGGAGGGCGGUCAGACCAAACUCAAGGGUCUCGCAAAGAAGUUCUCCGAGAACUUAGUGAGCAUGAGCAAAGCCAAGGAAGAGAUCCACAGUCUGCUGAGUCAGUGCCACACUCAGUCCUUCCUACAGGCUUCAUUUACCCUGCCCCAAGCUGCGACCUUUGAACCUUUCACCCCGCGAAUCAACAUAGACUCCAAGAAAGUGACAGCAACACAGGCCUUUACUGCUCUCCUGAAGGAGCACCUGACCGAGAUCCUCAAACAGCCUGUUGAGGCCAGACCGCUGAUGCUCAAACCAGGUGAAGAUGAAAAAGCAGUUCCUGGCUCAGCACCUGCAAGUUCUGGAUCUCAGCCAGAAUCUGAAGUAACCAAGCACCCGAAGCAGAAAAGACCGCCGAGGUCCCACAGUCCAGGUCGUCCACCCAUCCAGCCAUCAUUCCAGUCAGUUCGUAUGCCUUACAUGGAGCCACAUAGAGGCUGGAUUCCACCUCAGCAUCCACCAGGCCCUUAUAUGGAUCCCCAUUUUAUGGCACGACAAAGGACAAAUAUUGACAGUGGCAUUCAUGAUCCACAAUGGAUGGGUCCAGGUCCCCAAACCAAACCAGCCACAAAGAAGAAACCUCAAAAACAAAAGCCUCCCAAACCCACAGAACCCAAUAUGGGGAAAGGGAAUCAAAACGCUUCAAUGGAGAACCUGCUGGACUUCAAUGCGAAAGACAUAUCCAAAGACCUUACUCCUGCAGCUGAGUCCGACGAGACGCCAGAAACGUGUGACGUUCCCCCGAACAUAACAUCAGCCGAAAAGAGGAGCGAGCUCCUGAAAUAUAGUUCAGUGCUAACUUUGGAUCCGAAGACGGCCCACAAACGCAUCGUGCUGAGCGAGGGCUUCACAAAGGCCUCUGUGUCUGACGAACCCACAAACUACCCCGACUCCCCCGAGCGCUUCUCCGUCUGCUCCCAAGUGCUGGCCUCCAAGGGUUUCUCCAGAGGACGCCACUACUGGGAGGUCAAGCUGAGCAGCAACAACUUCAUCGGCAUCGGCUUGGCUUACAGCAGCAUUGACCGCAAAGGUCCCACCAGUCGCCUGGGCCGCAACGCCCAGUCCUGGUGCGUUGAGUGGUUCAACGUCAAGCUGUCCGCUUGGUACAACAGCAGCGAGACCGUGCUGGUCAGCGGCAAUCCAAAGCGCGUGGGCGUGCUGUUGGAUUGCGAGGAGGGUACGGCCACGUUCUACAACGUGGCCGACAGGGCGUACCCCUUCCACUCCUUUGUCUUCCCCUUCGCGGAAGCCGUGUAUCCGGCUUUCUGGCUUUUCUCCAGCGGCUCGUCGGCUUCUUUGUGCAAGCUGCAGGCAUGAAGAGCAGCAGGUGUACGCCGAUGGCGCGAAUGAUGAUAAUCCACACUAUCGGUGAUUAAUGAUGUGGGAUUGUCUUUUAAUUAAAAUAAGGAGUGUCAUGAAGGCAGCUUUUCAAAACACAGGAAAAGCAAUAUACAAUAAUCUGCAGCAAUAUACUGUAGUUUACAGAAUAAUCCAGCAGAUAAACUGCAAAUUAAAGGAUUAGGACAUGUAUUCAUGUCCCAAUUACUUAAUUAAUAUUAUUAUUAUGACCACACAUAAUGCAUACUGUACACUAAUUGUACAGUAUGUUUGUGACUUGUGUGUCUCCUGUAUUUUCAAUGUGACUGGAAAAAGAAGUGAAUAAAUGAUGUCACUCUCCAGCAUAUUUUGAUGCAGCAAUUUGAAGGGAAAAUGAUUGUUUGGAUGACUGAUUUGGAGCGUCACUCGUAAAGUUAUGGGGCUGGUUGAUGUGCCAAAAGCGCUAGAGAUCAGGAUAUGGAUCAUUUCAAGUAACCCAAAAAAUGUACUACGCUCGCUCAUUCCAACUUUUAAUAGCAAACAAUACUUAACCAUCCAUGUUAACACGAGUUAACAUGGACUGCCAUGCAAUUGGCUAGACACAGAUUUCUUUCUGUGACAUGUGCUGAGUAGCAACUCCUCUGGUGAUCGCGAUGUGCCGUUACCAGAGUGCAUGAAGCAUUAAGUUGUCAAAUGUAGCUUAUUUACUCUGCUCUGGCUCUUGUAACAUCACUGCUCAUUUUAGUAGUUGCCCCGUCCGUAAAUGCACCCGACGAGACAACGUAUUAAAACAUCGUCGAAGUAUUGUUCGCAUCAACUAACCCUAUAUCUUUACUGCCUCAUCUGGCUAAUGAGAAGUCAUAUAGACAAACUCCAGGCAGUCUUUCUCUUAUUUAUCUGAUUGGCACAUUAAACCCAAAAGCAAUCAGAGCGCUCUGUUGGCUUGUCGCACAGUGGUGGAAGGGUAGUUGGAAAUAUAUAUUCACUGGGAUUGUUUGUUGGGUGAUUUAUUCCGGCUUGUAAUAUGAUGUUUCACCACGAUGGCACUCUGCUAAAAGGUGCGAAACAACAUUCUGUGCGGACAUCAAGCAGUAGAGAUCUGUCUGCACAACAUCCGGCAUAUUAACCGUGAUGUUGUUUGAACAUCUGUUUGUUGUUCCAGUGGUUCAACUGACCUCACUGUGUUUGAGGUGUUCAGGAGACACUGGUGUCCGGGGGGACUUUACUGAACCUGGUAAAGGUUCGGGCGUGUUGACUACUGCAUUGAACUGUUGGUUAAGUUUAAAUAUUCCUGUGAGGUAUUACAGGCAAUGCACUUUGAGUACGGACCUUCAUCCUCAUGUUGCAUGAGAAUAUUUGAAGGUGCGGUACAUCACUGCAUGUGAAGUCUGUGCUUGUAUAGUGAAAUCUACUGUUUUCACACAAUUAGAGAGUUGUGGUUCUGGAACAAAAAUCUUUUCCCAUACUUCAGUGAGUGUUGACACUGGUUUGUUCCGACCACCAUGCCUAAAUGGCAUAACGGGCCCUUACUUUGCUUCGCUUAGUGUGGGAAAUGAAGUUGAGUUCAUUAAACAUGUGACUUUAUUACUUUUGCCCUCUACUUUAAGCUAAUAAUAUGUGUGGUACAUCAUCUGCAGACCGCAGUGGCUAGCAGAUCAAUAUGUUUGUUUGCUGGUCCUCAACUAAAAUGAAGUGUAUUGGUCUUUGCAUCUACUAUUUCUAAGGUUACCAUUACUUUGGAUUGUACCCAAACUGCAUGCUGUAAUUUGUGUUGAACCAAUUAUUAAUAAAAUAUACUCUCUCUCUGUCA